AUGUCUGAGGCAAAUCAUAGCACUGUGACUGAAUUUAUCCUUACUGGCUUCCCUGGACUUCAUGCAGAGUACCAAGGCCUUGCCUCAGCAGUAUUGUUCUUAGUUUAUUUCUUAACUGUAACAGGCAAUGUUACAAUUUUUUAUUUAUUUGCAACCAACUGCAGCCUUCACAAGCCAAUGUACUACAUCAUUCUAAAUCUAAGUGCAUGUGACAUUCUCUUCAGUACAACUACUUUACCUAAGAUCAUCAGUAAGUAUUGGUUUCAAUCAGGGACCAUUUCAUUCACUGGAUGCUUUGUACAAAUGUUCUUUGUUCACUAUCUUGGCACAGUAAAUUCCUAUAUUCUCUUCCUGAUGGCUUUAGAUAGGUAUUUGGCGAUCUGCUAUUCUCUCAGAUAUCCCCUUGUUCUAAAAAACUCCACUAUCCUCAUUCUCAGUAUUACAGCAUGGGUUAUUGCCAGUGCACCCUCUUUAGUAUUAGUUAUUAGGACAUACCCUCUUCCUUACUGUGCCUCAAACAUAAUCAACCACUGCUACUGUGAUCAUAUUGGUAUAACAGUACUUGCAUGCACUGACAGGGGCCCUUAUGGUUUACCUGCUUUUGCAGUUGCAAUGGUUAUGUUAUUGGGACCUCUGUCAUUCAUAAUGUUCUCAUAUGGCUCUAUAUUUAAAGCAGUAAUUAAGAUUACAAAUUUAGCAGGUCGCAUAAAAUCUCUGUCCACCUGUAGUACUCAACUGAUUGUAAUAUCACUCUAUUAUUUGCCCAGAUGUUUUAUAUAUCUAGCCAGCAAUGUUGGUAUCAAAUUUAGUCCAGAUGUACGAAUAGUCAUUAUCAUGCUGUAUAGCCUUUUUCCACCCAUGAUAAAUCCACUUAUAUACUGCUUAAGAGCUAAAGAUAUGAGAGAAAGCUUGUUGAAGCAAUUAAACAAGUGUUAUCACUCAAAAAGCACAAGUUUCAGUAAUACAUAACUAAUAAGUCAAUAAAUAAAUGCAUUAUUCAAUGUUUUCCCAUUGCUCUUAGCCAUCUCUGCAGCAGGAAAACUGCAGGACAUUGGAACUUGAAGACA